AUGGCUGCCGUUCAGCCUCCGCGAACAAGAUCCGCCCGUUUAGUGGCUGGUUUUACCAAUAAAUCUGCUGCGCCCAACAAAACUCCCGCGCCAGCUCAUGCCCAUCAUGGACCUUUAGCUUUAUCCAUCUUUUUAACAAACCUCAACCUUCUCGAUCUCGACCAGCUUGAAGAUUGGCCCGAUGUUCGUGCGGAAACCUUUGCGACAGGCGGUACUAGUGCGCAAGGCCUGAAGAAGAGGGUACACUGCGUGGAAUGGACUCUCUACCAGCUGUUUGCUUUAUGGGACCCUGAAGAAACAAAAAAAAAACUCAAACCAUUCUUUCCUCCCCUCGAUCAAACUCAAUCCGUCAACCUCCGAGCUGCCCUGUUACGAUCUCUCGAAGCAGCCAAGAAGAACGGGGUCCUUGGAAGGGAUGCGAUUGUACGAAAGACCAUGCUCGAUGAAUGUCGGGGAGAGCGACUUGAAGAAGUCCUUGCUGCAUUCUCGUCGGCUGUUCUCAAACACGUUAUUGCGCAAGAAGUCACGGCAAGCGGUGAACACAAAGCUCUUGCACUUGAUUUGGCUCUUGAGGACCGCGGAUACAAGAGCGACAAUACGGAUCUUACCACUAUGGUCUUGGCACACAAGGUUGCCAUCAGUCGCAUUCUGAACAGCAAGGUGGCGGCAAGUUCGAGAUUUCACGACUUUGCGGAUCUAUUGAAGGUCAAGGAGAAAGGCAUCGCCAGGAGAAAAGAAGCAUUGGACGCUCUGGACGGAGGGAAGACCAUAUCUGAUGAUGCUAGGCGUGAGAUGUGGCGUACCCUCCGAAACAACUGGUCUGGCAACGAACGAUGGAUGGAGACUCUACUCUACGGAGACGCCAGCAUUAAAAAGGAUGGCCUUCUAGGAAUGGAGUUUGAUCGCGUAUGGCGAAGAGUCCAGCAAGGUCGACUCGAUGAGCUCGAAGAAAACGGGACCGGUCUUUUGGAGCAACUGGACACUCGAGUGCGCGUUCAGAGAGAACGACUUCAGAAAUGGCAGAGCUUCCGCAAUGAAAUGUCCGCCGACCAACCAAAGCCAUCUCCGACAAAGAAUCAGCGAAAAGAUAAGGAGAACGGAAUUGACUUUGGAUUCGGCGCUCACGAGGGACUUCUUCUCGGCAAGGUCAGCCCAAAGAAAUCGACAUUCGGAAAGCCAAAGCUUUUGGAGGAAUACGACGAGCUUGUACGCAAUUUGGGAGAGGAACUACAAAGCACGAAACCGCAAAAGUCUUCAGCUCUCGACUUUUUGCAACGCCCUGCUUCUCGAAAUGCACCAGUCGUCAAUAUACCACCUCCCGAGCCAGAAGAGGAAGAAGAGGUCAUCAGCGACCUGGAAGACCACGAGCUUCCCCCGUCUCCCAUCAAGUCAUUCAAGGCGAAGCUGGACUUUUCUAAGCGAAUGCCUGUUCGACCAAAGCUUGAUCACAGCGACGACUCUUUUGCUUCUGUCUCGUCAAGGGCUAGGAACCUCCGCAAACCAUCAGCAGACGAGGCGCGCAUCCUUCGUGCGUCGUCAGUUGAGAGGACAAGCUCUCCAGAGCCAGAGGAUGAACCUGUUGCAUCCCCGCGACCUGAGUAUGAUGUUUCACCGAGACAUUCUCCUGGGAUAUCACCUCAACCAUCUCCACCACCAUCGCCUAUGCCACCUCAUGAAUUGCCAGAGCCGAUUCCUGUCCCGGUAUCUCCAACCCAGAUGGCGGACCAGAUUCUUGACUCAAUGGACAUGGCUUCACCAUCCCCAGUCAAAAACUCACGACGCAAAUCUCGACACACCCUUUCCCUCGCCGAGCGAACCCGUCUGACAAUGGCCCGCGAAUCAUUCGGUGACGUCGAACCAGAGGACCUCGAAAUCACCCCACCACCAGCAGAGCCCAUCACAGAGAGUCCAACCGAAAUGGCCGACGACGAAUUUGAUCUCCUUGCUCGAACCCGGAAGAGUAUGGCCGGUUUCGACAAGGCUAGACAAAAGGCUCAAUUGGACAGACGGAGGUCAUUGAAGAAACCCAAGCCACUGCCUAAAAAGGAGGGUAGCUACUUUCCCAAAGUCGACGAGGAUACAACUGUUAUUACGGAUGAGUUGAUGGCGCAAGAGGAUAUGGAGGCGGUGUUUAGAUCACGACCGAAGAUCAAGGCCAGUCCGUUGCCGAGUCCGACCAAGGAUUGGGACGAUGAUUAUAUGUAA